AUGGCUAGCAAUGAAGAAAUCACCGGGCCUAUAUCCCAGGAUGACAUAGAGGCAGCGGAUAAAUUAAAAAAUGAAGCUAAUGAGUACUUCAAACGUCAAAGUUAUAACAAUGCCAUAGAAUUGUACACAAAAGCAAUAGAGAAGAAUCCCAAGAAUGCGGUGUUCUACGCGAAUAGAAGUAUAGCCAAUCUUAGAUUGGAGAACUUUGGUUAUGCUUUGAGUGAUGCUUCUAAGGCUAUUGAACUGGAUAGAGCUUACACCAAGGCAUACUACAGACGAGCUGCGUCUUACAUGUCCCUAGGAAAGUACAAACUAGCACUUAAGGAUUUUGAAUAUGUAACCAAAGUUAGGCCUAAUGAUCAAGAUGCAAAGAUGAAAUACAAUGAAUGUAAUAAAAUAGUAAAGAAAAUUGCCUUUGAGAAGGCAAUAUCUGUGGAUAAAAAGGAGGUUAAUAUAGCUGAUUCCAUCAAUUUAGAUGCUAUGACCAUUGAAGAUGAAUAUGAUGGCCCAGUUCUGAAAGAUGGCAAGGUUACGCUUAAGUUUGUUACUGAACUAAUGGAAUUUUAUAAGCAGCAAAAGAAGUUACAUAAAAAAUAUGCUUACAAGAUCUUAAUCGAUGUGAAGGCCUACUUACAGAAACAGCCUUCCCUCAUAGACAUUAAGGUAGCAGAUGACAAGAAAUUCACUGUCUGCGGAGACAUCCAUGGCCAAUAUUAUGACUUGAUGAACAUCUUCAAGCUCAACGGCUUGCCAUCUGAAACUAAUCCCUAUUUGUUCAAUGGGGACUUUGUUGACCGAGGUUCCUUUAGUGUUGAAUGCAUUUUCACACUGUUCAGUUUUAAAUUACUCUUUCCAGAUCACUUUUACAUGUCGCGAGGCAACCAUGAAACCCUGGACAUGAACCGCAUGUAUGGUUUCCGUGGUGAAGUCACAUCUAAGUACACUGCCCAAAUGGCUGAUCUGUUCACUGAAGUGUACAACUGGCUUCCAUUAGCCCACUGCAUUAAUAGCAAGGUACUAGUGAUGCAUGGUGGUCUGUUCUCCAAGGACGAUAUAAAUCUCGAUGAUAUCCGGAAGGUGGACAGAAAUAAACAGCCACCGGAAGAUGGUAUAAUGUGCGAACUGCUGUGGUCAGAUCCUCAACCGAUGAUGGGUCGCGCUCCCUCCAAGCGAGGAGUAGGCUGCCAGUUCGGUCCUGACGUUACCAACAAUUUCCUUCAGCGUAACGGACUGGAAUACAUCAUUCGCAGUCAUGAAGUGAAGAAUGACGGUUAUGAAGUAGCCCACGACGGAAAGUGUAUAACUGUAUUUUCGGCACCCAACUACUGUGAUACAAUGGGAAACCUCGGCGCUUUCAUCACAAUGAAUGGUAAAGACUUGAAACCUAACUACACAACAUAUGAAGCUGUGCCACAUCCGGACGUGAAGCCAAUGGCAUACGCGAACUCCUUCUUCAGUAUGCUGUGCCAAUAG